AUGACCGACGCACCCGCCCAGCGCGCCGCCGAGCUGCGCGCCCAGCUGAAUCACCACGCCCACCUGUACUACGUGCUCGACGCGCCCGAGCUGCCGGACGCCGAGUACGACAAGCUCUUCCAGGAGCUGCAGGCGCUGGAAGCCGCCCACCCGGAGCUGCUGACCGCCGACUCGCCGACCCAGCGCGUCAUCGGCAAGGUGCUGCCCGGGGCUGACGCCGGUGCGCCAUGUCGUGCCGAUGCUGUCGAUCACGACCGAGACCGACACGACCGCGGGCGGGGCGAUCGCCUUCGACGCCCGCGUGCGCCGCGAGCUGGCACUGACCGAGGCCGACGGGCCGGUCGGAGUACGCCGCGGAGCUGA